AAGAAGAUGUCGAUGGUUGAAAAAUACAACGAGAAAGAGCAACAAGAGUUUGUUGGGUUCAGGUUUCAUCCUACGGAGCAAGAACUCAUCCGCUAUUGUCUCGGGCGUAAUAAGGUUUCCAAAACAUCGAAUACAGUGUUAGAGUUAGAAGACAAGACCAAUUUAUAUGCCAAAGAGCCGUGGCGGUUGACUCACACAGAGACAGACUUUUUUGAACCUAACCAGUGGUACUACUUCGUGACACGGACUGGAAAGAGCCGCAAAGUCAGAGGAGAGACGUGUGAGGGAUGUUGGAAACCCCUUGGGAAGCUGAGAUAUGUCGUAUCAGAAGAUAAGCGUGAGGUGAUUGGGAAGAAGAGGAGUCUAACUUUCUACGUCAAAGGUGAGAGCAUCUCGAGUGGUUGGACCAUGACGGAAUACUAUCCCCUUGAUGGUGGCUCAUUCCAAAAUCAAGUUCUCUGCCACCUUAAAGGACCAUGAUUCUGUGUGUCGUUUGGUUAAUUUUAGUGAAGAGGAUGAUGACUUCUACUUCUUAUUUUUAUUUACUUCAAUUCUAUGCAUGUAUAGUUUGAAAGUUCC